UUAAGGUCCUUUUGCAACAUGCUGUCGAACCGCAUGUUGAAUUUCAACGUGCUGUAAAGAUCAUAGGAGAUUUUAGAAUAAUCAUCUUUAGUUAAAAAAAAUAAAUAAAUAAUAAUAAUACAAAUGGAAAUGGACAUACCUGUAAAAGGAGCUGCAGUGAGUCCAGGCAUAGAUAGCCAGAAUGCAAACGAAGAAUUUAAAAGUGUCAGGUCUAAGAAAUCCAACAGCAAGCGUAAGCGAAAACUGGAGGACGGGCAGAUGGAAACUGAAGUUCACGCUGCAGCCAAGAGACCCGAAUUUCCACCAAUCUCUGGUGACAAGCUCGAUGGUACUGAUGAUAUGCGUAAAAUCGCUGUACCUUCACAUCGGUAUACCCCUUUGAAAGAGAACUGGAUGAAAAUUUACACGCCCAUCGUUGAACACUUGCAGCUACAAAUCAGAUUUAACCUGAAAACAAGAAACGUUGAAAUUAAAACCUGUAAGGAAACACAAGACAUAAGUUCACUAACAAAAGCUACAGACUUUGUAAAAGCAUUUCUUUUAGGAUUUCAAGUUGAGGAUGCUCUUGCUCUUAUCAGAUUGGAUGACCUCUUUUUAGAAACUUUUGAUGUCACAGAUGUUAAACCACUGAAAGGAGAUCACCUUUCCAGAGCAAUAGGAAGGAUUGCAGGAAAAGGAGGAAAAACUAAAUUUACAAUUGAAAAUGUGACAAGGACAAGAAUAGUUCUUGCUGAUGCCAAAGUACACCUACUGGGGUCUUUCCAGAACAUUAAGAUGGCACGGACAGCAAUCUGUAAUCUCAUUUUAGGAAGCCCUCCAUCUAAAGUUUAUGGCAACAUUCGAGCAGUGGCAAGCAGAGCAGCUGAACGAUUCUGAAAUCAAGGCUGUCGCCUUUAAAACUCAUCUGUGUUUUCACUGGGACUGAAUGAAGAUCAGCAUUGACUCUGUAGGACCAGACAGUUUGUUGUUUGCACAAUUUUUCUAUCUUUACUAGACAAAGUGGUAAAAUGGACAAUAAUAUAACUAACCCUGCCCACUCUUUCCCUAUAAUUUAAGUUACUGACAAUUUAACUCAUGAGCAUUGUGUGUGCUGCAAUGUAAUUUUAAAUAUUGAGUGAUCAAUGAAUAAUUCUCUCUGGAAUAAAAACAAUUACACUAA